AGUAGUCAGUGUGCCUACUUCGUCACUUUGUUUUAAUGAAAUGAAUAUGGUAGCGAAGUCAAAAGAAUUGUUCCAAUUUUUCAUUUCUCCUUUCAUUGCUUGAUUAGGUUCGAUUUGUAAGUAAGAGGAGACGAAGUGUAAAUAACUUCGUCUCAUCGUUCUACCAUCCAACAUGCUUUCUAUCAAAACGAUUUCAUACUUUCUGCUACUUCCUAUCAUCACCCUUCUAGGUUCUUUUGCCCUGUGCCUUUAGUCUUACACCUCCACACUUUUGCUCGGUUACUUGAGCCGACUUAGUCCGCCCAGAAAGGAGAUAACCUUGAUUAAUUAGUAUUUUUCAGAGUUCAGACUCCCAUUGAUCAGAACGUGAACUCUAUCAAAUUCUUAGUUUCACUUAGCUGUCCAUUAAAGAACAUCCAAUUUGCCAUUUAUCCUAAUGUCAAAAAUCUCCACAGGGAUGUUGUCCCUACAUUAUAAUUUCCCAUUUAUCCUUGUCCAAAUCUCCUUCACUUUUCUCUUUAUCACACUACUUCUAACCAAUUACACUGCUCAAUCUCUCUCACAUGAAGCUUUUUGUGGUGAGAAAUGUGGGAAUUUCAACAUACCAUUUCCAUUCUAUAUGAACCAAUCUAUAUGUAAUUCUUCACUCUCCGAUGCUUUUCGCGUCUCAUGCAUUAACUCAACCUCACCAUUCCUCAAUAUUGGUUCUCAAAGCUAUCAAAUUCUUCAUUUCUUCUCUGAUGGGGUGCUUGUAGAUUUCCCAAACACAACUUUUUGUCGUCAGUACAACGACCUAAAGUCAUUUGGAUUUAAUGGAAACGACUACUUCGGCAUAUCAAGAGAUAAUAUCUUAGGGUUAUACGAUUGUGAGGAUUCAUCACUGUGCAAACCAGAUUGUGAGAAGAACAUAAUGCCUCGUUGUGAUGGAUCCGCGGGUAGUUACCCUUCGUGUUGCUACCCGUUAUCUGAUCAUAGUGCUUGGAAUGCAGAUAAGAGAGAUGGUUUCUCCGUUUUUUCGCAGUUUGGAUGCAGGGGAUUCUCGUCUUGGGUUGUUUUACCAGGAAAUCAAGUAGGAAAACGCGGUGUUAAGUUGGAAUGGGCUGUUCCCGGAAAUUCAACCACAGCUAGUUGUGCUGCCAAUGCAGAUAUCAUCAAUGCCACGAGUGUUGGUUCUGGGAUUAGAUGCGAAUGCCAAGAUGGAUAUGUAGGUGACGGUUUUGCUUUUGGAGGAGGGUGCCUCAAAUCUUGCAUCAAAGAAGGAAAGGAAGCAUAUGGCAAAACAUGUUACUCAACAAGUCAUGGCAGAAGGAAAACAGAAAUUCUAGCUGGAGUUCUCACUUCAGCACUCACAAUUACCUCCUUGACAGCAAUUUUCUGUGUUUUAAGGCGGCCUAUGAAGACGGACAUAUUUGAUCAUCCUAGUAUGACCAACAGUCAGGGUAACGUCUCAUUCCAAAAACCUUGUACUGUCCGAAUGUUUACUUACCAUGAGCUAGAGCAGGCCACAAAAGGUUUCCAAGAUGAGCAAAUACUUAUUGAUCAUGCUGGUGGCAAAGCUACACUGUAUUCUGGAACUCUAAUUGAUGGAUCAAGGAUAGCUGUACACAGACUACAAUGUGAUAGUGAAAGAGAACUGGUUGAGGUCUUGUCCCGAAUGGAGGCAUUACAUGCUGUUUCACACAAGAAUGUUCCUCACAUUCUUGGAUGGUCUGUCGAUUCUGGAUACACCCCAUUAGUGGUGUACGAGUAUCCUGCUAAUGGAACCCUCGGGGAACAUCUUUUUCAAACUAAAGAUGAGACUAAACAAGGCCUCGAUUGGCACCACAGAAUAAACAUUAUUGCUGAAACAGGGAAUGUUCUUGCAUUCCUACAGUCUGAGGUUUGUCCUCCCAUCGUACAUCAUGAACUCAACGCCAAUUGCAUCUUCCUUGAUGAGGACUUGACUGUGAAACUCUUUGGGCUCGAGCUCCCCAUGAAUGUGAACAUCAAUAACAAAAAGCAUAGUGAUGUUCACAACUUUGGGUUGGUUCUUUUGGAGGUUAUUACAGGUAGCAGCUCGGAUCAUCUUCCAUCAAAGACGGCUUUACAGAAGAUAACAAGUGGAAAGUUAGAAGAGAUAGUGGAUCCACAUCUUUACUAUCACGAGCAGCCUAUUUUCCGAAGGGAACAGAUAGAGAUAGCUGCAGACCUUGCUACAAGAUGCAUAAUAUUUGGUUCCCAAGAUGGGAAAUUUCACAUUGGAGAUGUUUCAAGAGAACUUGUUCACAUAAGAAAAUAUGGAAUUGAUGGUAGAAGUAGGAGAUGUCCAUCAACUCAUAAUCUUGAAGAAACAUUUUCCAAUUCAAGCCUUCUUCAGAUGAUAUCUAUGUCUCCUGAUUCAAUACAUGUCCCUGCCAGAGGGUUCUCUUAAGCUAUGUUGCUCAUGACUCUUUGAAAAUGUUGCAUGUCAGAUCCUCCAAAGUAGUGCAUUUUUAAAGUCUGAGCAACUUAUCAUGAUCAAAAUACAUGCUGUAAUUAUGUACAGUAAUGACCUGCUGCUUUUAUUUCCAUCUUCUUAUGCAUA